GUGCAAUAGAUACGACGCGGUCGGAAUUUAAAAUUUUAAUUUGGAAUUGUGUGAUGGUGGUUUUGAAUUUUUCCGUAUAGUAUCGUAGGGAUGUUUUAGGUAUUUGAAUUCCUAUAUCGAAUUCCUAUAUCGCGGGUAGGUUUGAUUGUUUAGCAUUAGGGAUGAAGCGAGUUGGUCAUAUUGACGAGAAUUUGUACUUUAGUGACGGAAAAAGAGGAGCUGGUACAGGUUAGGAAGAAACUUAAAUUUUUAUUUUUUUCUCGUAAUUUUCAUCAUAGGUAUGUUUUUGGAUAUAUAUGACUUUUGACUGUAUUGUUAUAAUGUCACAAGAGCGAAAUAACGAUUAAAAUUAAUUUUCUCCAUAAUCUCAAGAAAAUUAUUACACUUAUUUUUUCAUAUUACCAAGAAUCAAAAAACGUCUACAUCUAAUAUUUUUAUAGGGCAAUAAUUUGGACAAGUAUUGUUGACAAGAAGUUGUUUUUCAUUUUUUUUUUACUGUUUAGAUGAGGUGUGUUUUUGUUUGGUGCUAACUUUUAUUAAGUAAAAAAUUUCAAAAAAGACAAACAAUUUAAGUGCGGGUAGUUUCGUUUUCUUCUCUGUUAGUGGAACAGUUGAUGGCUAGAAGUUUGGAAGAGUUGUUCGUGUUAAAGAAAAGUACGUUACGGUAUCUGUUGGCGAGGGAGACCAGAUUUCUGGCGUUGGGCAAGAAGCCGAUUAACAAGAAGAUAUCGAACUACAUCAAGUCGAAUCCAGACAGCGAUCUGUGGCAUAACCUUGCGGAGUCCCUCACCGAGGAUCUGACGAAGAACAUUAACGUUGUUACAUUGAGAAGUGGGGAGUGCUGCCGCUUUAGCAAGAGCCGCAAGGUCCUGUUUGAUACUGGUGUAGCUUUCUUGAAUCACAGUAUGAUUUUUUGUGGAGGCAGAAUGAUCCAAGCGCCGGUGGUGACGGUAGAGGAAGGUCAGGUGCAGGGAAAGCUGGUGAAAACUCCAGGCGGCAAGAGUUACUACAGCUUCCAGGGUAUACCGUACGCGAAGCCACCGCUCGGUUCCUUACGGUUCAAGGCACCUCAAUCACCAGAACCCUGGGAUGGAAUCCGCGACGCUACGACAGAAGGCAAUGUAUCAGCUCAAAUAGACCGACUGACCGAUAAGCAGUACUACGUAGGAGACGAGAACUGUCUCUUCCUCAACGUAUACACACCGACUAUUGAUGGCGAAUUCUUACCUGUUAUGCUAUACGUCCACGGCGGUGGUUACCUCUUCGGAUCCGGAUCAUCCACUAUGUACGGACCUGAUUAUUUAGUCGAGAAGGAUGUGAUUGUCGUCACAGUUAAUUACAGGUGCGGUGCGCUUGGUUUCCUCAGCUUAAACACCCCUGAAGUACCAGGAAAUGCUGGAUUGAAAGACGUUAUACAAGCAGUAAGAUGGGUUAAAGAGAAUAUCAAAAACUUUGGCGGCAAUUCUGGCAAUCUAACUGUUUUCGGUGAAAGCGCCGGCGGGGCUGUCGUCUCAAUGUUAGCUGUCAGCCCCUUAACUAAAGAUUUGAUCAGCAAAGUAAUAAUACAAUCAGGCACAGCUCUUAAUAAUUGGGCAUUCCAAAAGUACCCCAUUAAUAAUGCAAGAGCUUUGGCUAAUGAGCUUGGUUGCGAAUCAAAUGAUAUUGAUGAUAUACUAGAGUUCCUAACGACGACUCCAGUAAAAGAUAUAGUGGAAGCAAAUAACCGCUUAGCUCCAGUAGAUCUAUUUAUUGAUUCGGCUACAAGUUUGUUCGCUCCAGUUGUCGAAAAAGAGUUCCCAGGUGUAGAGGCAGCGUUGACCGAGCCUUUCAUAGACUUGAUUACGUCGGGCAGAAUUGCGAAUGUACCUAUAAUGAUAGGCACAACAACGCUAGAAUUCACACACGAGAGAACUGAAGAUUUGCAAAGUUUUAUACCGAGUGAAUUAAACAUAGUUUUGAAUUCAGAUGAAUCAUUAGCCAUCGCUGAAAAAAUUAAACGUUUGUAUUUCAAAGGUGAUCCGAAUAGCGUCGAAAGUCUGAAUGAGAAGUUCCAACUUCUAUCUGAUGUCCUUGUCAAUAUAGAUACAUAUAGGCUGAUUCAGUAUCUUGUCAGGGCCACCAAUAAGCCAAUAUACUAUUAUAAAUUUGACUAUGUCGGUGAAUUGAACCUCACAAAUAAGCUGCUGAAAAGCCUUGGAUUGAAGCAUGCUGGUCAUAUGGAUGAAUUGGGUUAUCUAUUCAAGUGUGAAUUGCAGAAAGAUGUAGAGCCGACCCCGGAUGAUGUGAAGAUGAGAGAAAGGAUGCUGAGGUUGUGGACGAACUUUGCCAAGUCUGGAAACCCAACUCCUGAAGAAAAUCACUACGUCAACAUAACAUGGCAACCAGUCACAAAAGAUAAUUUAUAUUACUUGAACAUAAGUAAUGAACUAUCUCUGGGAACAUGUCCAGACAAAGAAAAAAUGGAAUUCUGGGACGAUUUGUAUGUAAAACAUUUCAAAAUUUGGGACCACCCUAAAUCUACCGAAGCUUCACCGGUUAAAGAGGUAGUUGAUACAACACCGGUUAAAGAGGUAGUUGAUACAACACCGGUUAAAGAGGUAGUUGAUACAACACCGGUUAUUGUCAAAGAGACUGUUAUUGAAAGUGUAACCGUUGUAAAUGAUGAUAAAGCUGAUGACGAAAUUGUUGUUGAAACUGUAACAGAGACUUUCAGCGAGACAGAACGAAGCGAAGUACGAGAAACAAUAAUAAUAACACAAGAUAUUGUUGAUCAUGUUGAGAAUAAAUCCCAUAAAAUUGAGAACCACAUUGAGUCAAAUCUCAUUGAAGAAGUGAAACCUGCCCAAGAAGAUUUCAAAGAAAUUGUAGAAGAAAUUAGGCCUGUAAAGGAAGUUGCACUGGCCAAUGAAGACUUAUCUGAUAAAAUAAGACCUGUUCAUGAAACUAUAACUAUCUUUACAGAGAGCAUACACUCCAAUGGAGUUGAAGAACAUCGUUCGAAUGGUGUUGAUAAGAAGCCGAGACCUUCGAAUGAAAUCAAAAUGGUUCAGAACAAUAAUAUCAACCCGACUGAUGUAAUAAGAGCUAACGAUCCACCCGAAGAUGACUUACCCAAGAAUAUAGGGGUUAAUAAAUUCGUUAAUUUCUUUGAAUCGCUUGGUAAAAAGUAAGAAUUUGUUGAAACAUUGAAAUGAUUUAAAACUCCUGAUAUCAUCAGACCGUUAGUGGUAUUAAAUGCUUUGUAUGAAAACAAUCCUUACGCAGAAUUUUUAAAUUUAAACAUAAUAAUCAUAUUCCAUUUAUUAAUAAAUAUAUCAGGUAAUUUUCGUAUAAGAUUAAAACAGAAUUGAUUGAAAAUAAAUUUUAUGUAUUUACGUUUUAAGAGGGCUCCAUGCAAUGAUUGUCCUAACGAAAAAACCUAUUAAUAACUUCGAUAGUCCAAUAAUAAAUAUUUUAAACAAAAAUUAUUACUGAAGGUAGUUUUGCAGCGUAUGUAACAUGCGAUAAUUAAACGGAAUUGUUACUUCAAUCAACCUCAAUUUGCUCAAAAUUAUGUUUGUUUUUUUUGUAAACAAUAUGUAGAAAUUAAAAUAGCGAUCAAGUCACUCUUCGCCACUUUGUUUUUAAAACAAAAAUACUACGGCUACUGUAUUGACAAUUGUGAUGAGUUUUGAAAAGCAAAUGAUCGGAUCUUCGAAAAUGUAUUCAUAAUAAUAGAGUCGUAUAAGCGCAUGAGUAAGUUAAAUAAAGUUGCCCCAAUCAAAAUUUUGUUUAAAAUGUAAAAAGUAAAACAAAUCAUUUGUUAUUCGGUUUACUAUAGCCAAACAUCACACCAUUUGAUUAACAUCAAUAUUUCAUUUGGACUAUAGUUUUAACGUCUCAGUCUUUAAAUUAUAGAAUCGUCCAUAGCCUCGGGUCUGAAGUUAAUUGAAUACUAAAGUGUGAUAUACAUAAAACGAACGUUAAACCCAAAAUUGUUUUUAUAUUUCAACAAUGGAUUCGAUUCUAAUAGCUCUUAUCUUUGCCUUUUUCGAAAUAUGGAGGCUAGGUAUAUGUAUAAUUUUUAUUAGAAUAAUUAAGGAAUUGAACCGCUAUGAAAGACAUUACUAUCACCGCUACCAUAUAUAAGUUCCCCUGGUGUCUAUGUAUAAUACGUCGGGCGCAAGCUGUCAGAAUAUUUUAAGGUAUAGUCGUGUCAUACAUAAGACAAUCUCUUCUUCUUCUACUGACGCUUUUUCGUUUCAUCGACUCUCAAAUCACAACGAUGCUAAAGAAAUUUUCACUUCAAAAAAGCAGUCUAGUAGUUUCGCCUUAGAAAAAAAACCCAGAGUUUGACUUGCUCAUGUGCUUUUUAUACGAAAUGAGAUAUAUUCUCUUGCAAUAUUUUUACGUAGUGUUAACUGUAAAUAAUCAAUUAAAAUUUAUGUACUUAUGAUAUUCAAAUAAAUAUUAUUUUAUUAUGUAAUGAUUUAUAUGAGCUUCAAUAAUUAAUUUAUAGAUAUUUUGCCCUAUUAUGGAUUUAUCUAAUAGCAAUAAGGAAAUAUUACUAUAUAUUGUUCAUAUUAAACAUUCCCUAAUUAAUCAUAUUCAGUCACAAAAAUAUGUCUUGUAAGUAUUAAAAUUAAAUUGCUUUUAUUAGUAGAAGGUACAUUCCUUUCUUGCAUUUAGUUAUUAUAAGAAACCGAUUUCCAAAUUGUUUCAAAGACAAUUGUGUGGUAGACUAUAAUCCUGCCAUUCCACCAAUGUUUAAAUUGUAUGAGUGAAGUCUAGUGCCUUUUAAUCUAAUAAUUUAAUUAUUGGUUGUAUUAUUUAGUCAUAUUAAUCGGCUUGUCAUAUUGUAUUGAAAUUAAUAACAGAAGCCGCUUGUGCGCUAUAUUUUGCUUUAAAGUAAAAAUGGUUGAACUCGCAUGGAAGGCUAUAUAAGCGAUUUAUUUUUUAAUUUUUGAGCAUUUUAAUUAGUUAAAAAUAUUAUUUUAAUGUUUAGUUAUUAUGAAAAUAAAUUAAGGUCUUAAGUUCUAAGAUGGCGACAUUAAUUUCAAAAUGGCUGCCCAACAUUCGAAACGGAAUGACGUGAUGAGGUUUUUAUUAUUUAUCUAUGGUCUUAAAACAUUCAUCUGUUGAUUAUAUAAUCAGUUGAUAGAUGUGUCAUUUUUCACUCAUUCCAUUCGGCUUAGCUCCGAUUUCACUAAUUAAACCGUUAAAAAAACUCACUUUUACGUAAACGAGUUCAAAUGUCAGUCUUGAUCUCGAUUAAAUACAAAGCAAUUUCACCAACACCUUUUGAGCGUUUUGACGUAAACAGAAAAAUAAACAAUAAAAUUUAUCACAUACCUGUCAAAACUGACAUCGAUAAGUAUGAACAAAAUCAAAAUUUUCAAUGUUUCUGUCGCUAUCGUAAACGACAGUGACAGCUCUUGAGCGCGAUCAAAUGUGUUAAUGUCCUAAGCUUGGCGGUCAUCAUAAAAACGCGUUUAGGCUAUAACUGCGUUUAGUUUGUGUUGGUGAAAUCCGAAUUGAUUCUGUAACCACGUUUACAGGCGUAAGCUUAGUGCAAGGUGUUCUAAUCACAUUUUAUUUCAAUGGUGAAAUCGGCGCCUAGAGCCGUAAAAUGGACUUUCUUGUAAUUGUCACGAGUUAUUACGACAAAUGUUAUAUUAGAUAUCUUUUUGCCAUGUUUGUGCGAGAUUUAGACGAUAUUUUAUCAAAAUUUAUCUACGUUAAUACAAAUUGUUUUAUAAUUAUUUCUAAAUUAUGUUUGUUUUCACUUUAUAUGUUAUAAUAUUUUUUUUGAUGCUAUGAUCGAAAUUUCUUUAUAUCCCGUAGAACUUGGAAUACAUAUAUUUACAAUUACUAGAGUAGAUACAUUCGGCCUUACAAAUAAACUUGGUAUAAACUGUUAUAACUGAUGCCAAAUAAAGAAAAUGGAAAAUGUUUACAAUAUCGUUGACAAGACUGUCAAUACAAUGAUAAUUUUCCGAAUGACAAGCAGCCUUGCAAAUAAACGCGGGAAACGUUAUACGUCCGAACAAACCAUUCGUAAGCAAAAUGUCUAUUUGUAAACAUUUUACAUAUUCAUGGUUUAUGAUUAGUUAUAACUUUAUGCCAAUUUUAUUUGUAAGGCCGUUAAAGUUUAUAUUUUUUUGAGCAAUGUAAGGCUGGUUUUAUGUUAUUCACAAUAACCAUAGACAAGAUAGUAUUUAUUCUGUACUUCUGAAUGAUUCCAAUAUUUGUAGAUACUCUGUGCCAAUGUAAAAUAGAAAUAGGUGUCAUUUUAAAUUUAGUUGUAUUUUUAUAUAAUUAUUAUGAGUAAAUUAUGUGAAAUAA